GCGGCGCGCAGCCCCCGCGGGAUGGCGGGCCUGUGCCUGUGCCUGUGCCUGUGCACGGCGGCGGCGGCGGCGGAGCUGCGACUGACACUGCUGCACACCAACGACGUGCACGGGCGGGUGGAGGCGCAGGGCGCGGGCUCGCGGAGCUGCGCGGCCGGAGCGCCGGGAUGCUUCGGCGGCGUGGCGCGGAGAGCGGCGCGGGUGGCGGCGGAGCGGGCCGCGCACCGCAACGUGCUGCUGCUGGACGCCGGGGACCAGUACCAGGGCACUGUGUGGUUCUCCCGCUUCAAGGGCCUGGAGGCGGUCCACUUCAUGAACCUCCUGCGCUACGAUGCCAUGGCUUUGGGUAACCAUGAGUUUGAUGAAGGUGUGAGUGGAUUAUUGGAUCCUCUUCUUAAAAAUGCAAAUUUUACAGUCCUCAGUGCAAAUAUUAAAGGGAAAACUCCAUUAGCAAAUGAAAUGAUGAAAUAUGUUCAUCCUUUAAAAAUAGUUCAUUUUGACUCAGAAUCGGUUGGAAUUGUUGGCUACACUACAAAGGAAACUUCUUUUCUUUCACAGCCAGGGGAUGAUGUAACCUUUGAAGAUGAAAUUGAAGCCUUGCAACUGCAAGUGAAUAAACUUACUGCUAUGGGAGUGAACAAAAUAAUUGCACUAGGACAUUCUGGUUUUAGCGUGGACAAAAAUAUUGCUCAAAAAGUGAAAGGAGUGGAUGUUGUGGUUGGAGGACAUACAAACACAUUUCUCUAUACAGGCACCCCACCCUCCACUGAAGUGCCAGCUGGCCCAUAUCCAUUCAUGGUUGACUCAGAUGAUGGGAGGAAGGUGCCCGUUGUACAAGCUUAUGCUUAUGGAAAAUAUCUUGGUUACUUGAAUGUUACAUUUGACAAGAAAGGAAAUGUAGUUGAAGCUGUUGGAAACCCCAUUCUGCUGGACAGCAGCAUUCCUGAAGAUGAGCACAUUAAGGAAGAAGUGGAAAAAUGGAGAGAAAACCUGGGGAAUUAUUCUAAAGAGAUUGGAAAAACUAGUGUUUACCUGAAUGGUACAAGCCAAGCAUGCCGUUUCCAAGAAUGUAACAUGGGAAAUUUGCUUUGUGAUGCUAUGCUUUCUGAGAAUAUUGGGCACCCAGAUAAGAAGUCAUGGAACCAUGUUUCCAUGUGCAUCCUGAACGGAGGUGGGAUACGGUCACCCAUUGAUGAGCAGAGCACUAAUGGUAGCAUUACUGUGGAAGAUUUGCUGUCUGUUCUGCCAUUUGGAGGUCGUUUUGAUAUGGUGAAAUUAAAAGGCUCCACACUGAAAGAAGCUUUUGAGCACAGUGUGAGGAGAUAUGGAAAAGGAAGUGGAGAGCUGCUGCAGGUUGGAGGCAUCCACGUGGUCUAUGAUCUCUCCAGAGCCCCAGGAAGCAGAGUUGUUAGCUUAGAAGUGCUUUGCACAGCUUGCCGAGUCCCAGCCUAUGUCCCACUCCAGAUGGAUGGAAUAUACAAUGUGACUCUGCCAUCCUAUAUGUUAUUUGGAGGAGAUGGUUACACUAUGCUGAAAGACAAAAAUCUGGGAUACAGUAAAGGUGAACCUGACGUUGAAGUUGUUUCCCGCUACCUCCAGAGAAUGAAGAGAGUCUACCCAGCAGUUGAAGGUCGAAUAAAAUUUUCUUCUGGAAGUCUUAUUGAAGCAAGUCUCACCCUGAUCUCUGUAUUGUUGACUGUAACAUUCUUGCACACUUGAUUUUUUGUUUGAAGGAAUACAGGAGGAGAGAUGAUACUGAGGAAGCUGUAAGAGACCUGUUCUCUUCUGUUACACCUGACAAUGAAUGAGCAGUGAGGUUGCUGCAUGUCGGCAGUGAGCAGCCCCCUGCCUUGUCUUUAACCUGGUGGUGCCACUGGAGCACUGUGUGCAGAGCAAGGGGGCAGAAUCCACAACUUUCCUUGGUCAGAAUCAGCAGGUACCUGAAACUGAGGACUCAAAAGCAGAGUUCUAGUGAAUACUUACUGCUCAAUCAUAAAACAGUGACAGACUGAAAUGGGGUAUUAUAAAUUGUCAAAUUCUUUGAGCUGCUUUAGACAGUGAGUUAAGAACCUGAUUCCAGACAUAAACAAGCUUCUAGAAAUGGAUUAUUAUAGAUACAUAUGCCUUUCUUUGAUCUCCACUCAGGGUUAAGGUAUUCAAUCUAAUAUCUCUCCUUUGCUUCCAGUCAUAUUUAUCAUACCUACACGAAUGCCUGAAAGAGCUGGAUUAAACUCUGUGCCAUUAAAAUCAUGAGGUUUAUUAAUUAUGCAGUUUUAAAAAGUUUUUCUUUUACUACUGAAAAAGAAAUAUCACACUUUUAUUUUCCACUAAUAAAGGAUGCAAUGAAACCUUGACUUGACUUUGGCCAAUUUUAACAAUUUGAGUAUUCUUCACUCUUAAAUAUGACCAGUUUGGGGACUGUAUGCAGAGUGAGAACACAAUCUGUGACUGUAUUUCAUAUAAAUAUGCUCACUUUUAAACCUCUUCCAAAGAACAAAGCACACAGGACUGCUGCCUGUUACUCUGUAUUAGCAACAUUCCAAGAAAAUGCCAGAUCCAGGCAUUGAUUCCUGCAGCACUUCUGGCAUCCUUUGGAAAUAGUCAGGCAAUGGGGCAUUUUACAGCAUAACCUGGCUUUAUGAUAACUGUGAUUAUAUCUCUUCUAUGGAAAGGCUUUGUUUAAAAAAAUAGUUGUAAGAAAUCAAAUUAAAUGCUAAAUGUACAUUGCUGAUGCUUUAUCAAGAAAUGAUUGAUUGUAAACAAGGAUAAAAAUAUCAUUUUCCAAGAUUACUGGGACUUUUGACAUCUACAUGUUUGGGUUGUUUAAUGCUGUGUAAAACGGAUUGUUCUGAAUAAACCUGCUGGGUUUUCCUGGAAAGCUCA